AUGGUCGGGAUCCAGUCUCAGCCAUCAAUUCAGUCCUCUAUCCAUGCAGUUGCCUCCGGAACCCAGUCAGCAUCGGUAGCGACAGCGUCGCUACUCCCUCCUCCCCCCUCUUCCCUCCCCACCCCAGCCCCCUUACAGUUGGCACCCGUGCUAACUGCUCACUCUUUCCCUCCCCAUCACCUGACCGAUGCCACCACGGGUCCAUUCAUGUUCGGCGCGCCAUCCCAUUCCAUCUCGCGCCCGAACCAAAUAGGCACUUACAGAUCGCAGGCGGCUCCGGUCGCUACUCCCCCCUUCCCACCAUUCCUACCCCCUUCCACCUUCCCCAGCCGGGGUCCCAAGCCCCCGGUUGCCCCCCUCCGGUCGGCCCCGCGCCAACCGCUCCCUCCCUACCCCAAUUUCCCCCAUCCCGGAGUGCCCGUGCCGGAUCUGUCUCAUCCCCUGGGACUCAACGCAGGCGCAGCCGCAGCCACGAUGCCCACCCACCUGCCGUCGUACUCAUUGUCCACUGCUACUCCUCUCCCUCCUCCUCCGCACGCUGCCUCGCUCGAACCACCCCCCGUCUCUGCCGCCGUGAGGAACCUAAUUCUAUCAGGUGCAGACAUAGACCUCUCAACACUCCUGCCUUCACUGCCCACACCCGCCCCCCCCAGGGAUAUCGACUGCGGGGACGUCAUGGUGUCCCUAAAAGCAUCAGGCCCCGCCGCUAAAAUUCUAUCAUUCCCCGAAUUCACAGUAGCCUUCUCUCACUACACAGAAAUCAUGUGCUCCGCCUUCCCUCAGAGACGAGAAAUUCAGAUCGUUGGCACCAAAUGCGGACGAGCUCCCCACGCCCCUCCCGAGAUUCUCAGAGACCAUCUUCCUGUGAAUCACCCAUUGAGCUAUCUGCAACAAACCACCACCGACUUAGUCCUCAAUGCGAUUUCUCACAACACCAUGCAGUCCUACUGGACCGCCUGGUCCAGCUUCAAGCAGUUCCACGCACUACAUUCCCUGCCCUUUCCUAACUUCGACACGGUCACAAUAUCCUACUUCAUUACGCACGCCUUUACGCUCCAAAAACUCAGUCCCGCCACAAUCAAAGCCUAUUUGUCAGGCGUGCAUUUCAUGCACAAAUUAAUUUACGGUUCCAAUUUCCAGUCAUUCUCCGACAGUAGAGUCUCGCUUUUACUCAAGGGCAUUCACAAACAAAAGCCCCGCUCUAGCCCUGACUUACGACUCCCCAUUACGCGCACAGUUCUCGCCGCAUGUCUCACCACCCUCUACAAUGGCUUCAUGUCAUUUCACACGAAUUUCACUCUCGCUGCCAAGUUCGUUCUGGCUUUUUUCGGAAUGUUACGAUGUGGCAAAUUAACCUGUCCUAACCACAAAUUUAAUCCGGCUAUACACCCUUGCAUCACGCAUCUGGAACACGUUGACGAAAACACCAUGUGUUUCCUUGUCAAACAAAGCAAAACGGAGCAGUUCAGAAAAGGUCACCCAAUAUUUAUUUUCAAUUUGGAUUCCGACCUCAACCCUCACCAAUACAUGUCUCGAUACCUGGCGUACCGCUCAUCUCAGUCCCCGCCAUCCUGCCCACUGUUCGUCACGGAUAACGGUACUCCCGUUACCCGCCACACCUUUCAAUGUUUGCUGAAAUCGGUUCUCGCCAAAUCGGGGUUUUCUCCAGAACGUUAUUCUGCCCAUUCCUUUAGAAUUGGGGCGGCCACCACGGCGGCUACCAAAGGGUUAUCUGAGCAACAAAUUAAGACGCUCGGUCGCUGGUCCUCCGACGCCCACGCUCUGUACGUACGAACCAAUCUGGCAGAUAUCCGUCGUGCGCAUCAAGCACUUGCUUCUUAG